AUGCACCUCCACGUCCUCCGUCACACUGAAUACCCUCUCCUAAGGGUCAUCUUCCGCCUGUGCCUGGCGCACCCUGGUAUUAUCCCCCUGGCUGUGCACCUUGCCCUGGCCGAACAUCAUUGUUUGCCUGGUCCCAAUAGUAAUGAUGGGGCAGCACCUGCAUUCCUUGGUCUUGAAGCUACUGGUUACCACAAGAGCACACAAGAAAUUCAUUUACCAGCAGCAUUUAGUAUGAUUUAUGCCCUACAUAGGUACAAGUCGAUCUUCAAGUGCAAUCUUGAUAUUUGUCAUGACUUGUACAGUAACAUGGUGUUGUUGGGUGGUAUUACCAUGUUCCCCGAAGGAAUUGAUGUCACUCUCACAAGCAUGAAGGUCAAUAUUGUGCUCCUCCUGAACAGAAAUUCCAUCUUGACUUCUCUGUCCACUUUCCAGAACCUGUGGUUUUCAAAGCAGGAGUACGACAAGUCAGGUCCUGGUAUUGUCCACCGCAGUUUUGACCUCGGCCGAUGCAUCACCCCAGACAAGCUUUGUGAUAAGAAACACAAGGAUAACAAAUACCACAAGAAACACUACAAUAAGAAAGACCAGGAAAAGGGUAAGGACAAGAAUAAGGAUAAGGAAUAG